GAGUAAAGUAAGCGAGUAGAAGAAGUAUUGCUCUUUAUUCUCUGGUCGCCUCGACUUUGCCCCCAUAAAGUCCCCUUCGAAACCGGAAAAACGUGACGGAAACAAACGGACCCGAUCCAGCGGCGCAACUCGUCCUCGCAGAGGAAGACACGGGAAGCAAAGAGGAGCCCUAAUCGUCUCGUUUCCGGCAAAGGAGAGAGUAUAUUCUUCGAUAGAGAUCUAGCAAAAUGUCUCCGGUGGAAUCGACGCGCGAGGAGAAUGUGUACUUGGCCAAGCUGGCGGAGCAAGCGGAGCGGUACGAGGAGAUGGUGGAGUUCAUGGAAAAGGUGGUGAAGACGGCUAAUGUGGAGGAGCUUACGGUGGAGGAGCGCAACCUCCUCUCGGUGGCCUACAAGAACGUGAUCGGAGCUCGCCGCGCGUCGUGGCGCAUCAUCUCCUCCAUCGAGCAGAAGGAGGAGAGCCGCGGCAACGAGGAGCAUGUCGUGCUGAUCAAGGAGUAUCGUGGGAAGGUCGAGGCUGAACUCAGCAAGAUCUGCGAUGGGAUCUUGAAGCUGCUUGAUUCCCACCUGGUGCCCUCGGCGAGCGCGGCGGAGUCCAAGGUGUUCUACCUUAAGAUGAAGGGUGACUACCACAGGUACCUUGCAGAGUUCAAGACUGGAGCUGAGAGGAAAGAAGCAGCUGAGAGCACUCUGUUGGCUUACAAAUCUUCGCAGGAUAUUGCUUUAGCUGAACUGGCCCCAACUCAUCCGAUACGGCUUGGUCUGGCACUUAACUUCUCUGUGUUCUAUUAUGAGAUUCUUAACUCACCAGACCGUGCUUGCAGCCUUGCAAAGCAGGCUUUCGAUGAGGCUAUCUCUGAACUUGAUACUUUAGGUGAGGAAUCGUACAAGGACAGUACGUUGAUUAUGCAGCUUCUCCGAGACAACUUGACAUUGUGGACGUCUGAUAUGACGGAGGAUGUUGAUGAGAUCAAGGAAGCUCCAAAGAAGGAAUCAGGAGAUGACCAGUGAUCUUGAUUUAGUUACUUAUGAUCAUUAAUGUAGAAUCUACCUUUAAAUAGGUGUUGUGAGAAUCUUCUGCUUUUUGAACUUUCCUCUCUUCUUGCUCUGUGGACAACCGUACUGGGCAAACCAUUAUUUUCCAAAGAUUGGAUUCUUGUUUGUCUUCAUUAGUAAUAUAUGUAUUGACUACGCUAUCUUUA